AUGGACCAACCCUCCACGCCACAACUAAUCUCAUCCCACGUCGCCCGACUCUGCGGGCCCCUCGCGGCGUUGAUAAGAGGAGGGACCGAAGCCCGCGACCGGCUCGAAGUGGGGUUGGCGAGUGAGCUCCGACGGGUCAGAGGGCAGGUGAUAUCCAACUCCUCCCCACGGUCCAAAUCCAUAGUCCGAUCCAUUUCCACCCCGGUUCUCCGCAACUUGAUCCCUCGGUAUCAUCCUUAUCCUCAACCUCAUUCCCAGCUCCAUUCCCAUUCCCAUCCCAAUCCUUAUCCCCAUUCCGAGCCUUAUCCGCAUCCCUGUCCCUAUCCUCAAUCCCAUCCCUCUCCUUAUCCUCAAUCCCAUCCCUCUCCUUAUCCUCAAUCCCAUCCCGAGCCCGAGCCCCAUCCUCAUCUCCAUUCCGUUCCCCAUCCUUAUUCUAUUUUGGAGCCGAGCCAGCCGAGCCAGGAGCCAUGGACACCAAGCAACAUCAUACCUUUCGUCCAAGCCGCUCUGGCUUUCGCCCCCUCCCCCUCUCCUCACUUGUCCACGCCCACGCCCACGACCGUUCUCUCAGGAUCAGGAUGCAAGUCGGCCACGCCCGUUCUCUCAACUUCAGGACCAGGAAGCAACAUGGACCAGCUGCAGUCUCUCCACUCGAACGAACGCUCCGACGCACAUGACCAUCUGGUUUCCCCUCUCCACUCGACACUGGGUCUCAAUAACGAACCCUCCGAAGUCCAGCUGGGCUCUCCAUGGUCGCUCACUCCGGAACAUGCGCGGGGUCAUGUCGCGGCUCUUGGAGAGGGAGGGGGGGAGCGGGAGAGGUCCAUGUCCAACGCCGCGGCCCCUCUGGGACAGGGAGAGGGGGAAACGUCAGGGGAUUGGCAGUGGGAUCAGGAUCUGGAUCUGGAUCUGGGGUGGGUCGGAUUGGAAGGUGUAGGUGCAGGUGUCGGUUGGAUGGGUGAGGUGGGAGGGGGGUUGGAGGAUGGCGCCGGAGAGAAUGAGAAUGAGAAUGAAGGUUCCAAUGUCGACACAGGAGAGAAUGAAGGGUCCAACACCGACGCAGGAGAGAAUGAUGAAGGUUCCAACACCGACACCGACGCCAACACCGACGCCGGAGAAAAUGAAGGUCCCAACCAAGAAACCCACAACCGUACGAGGCUGAGUACGAGUAUGCCUGUCGGCUCGGGAGAUCUAGAGAGAGAAACCACCAUCACCACCGAUAGAGACAGUGAUAACACCGACCGAGAUAGAGAUCGAGAUCAAGACAGAGAUAACACCGACCGAGACAGAGAUAGAGAUAACACCGACCAAGAUAGAGAUGGAGAUAGAGAUCGAGACAGAGAUAGAGAUGGAGAUGGAGAUAGAGAUGGAGAUAGAGAUAGAGAUGGAGAUAGAGAUCAAAACAGAGAUGGAGGUAAAGAUAGAGACAGAGACAGAGAGAAAGACAAAAGACCAGUGGACAAAGCUACGAGAGCGAGGAAAGCGAUGAUUGCUAAACGGUGGAGAGAUAGGGAACGGGAGAAGAGCAGGGUGAGUGCAUUCUAG